ACCCAAAAAACUCUCCACAUCCUGCUUUUAAUAAUCCCGUUACCCAAAAAAAGGAAAAAGGAGGAAACUUGGUUUUCCAUUUUAAAGCAGAAAAUAAAAGAUUGUAGCUUUAUUUUAUUGGGUUGGUUUCCUUCAAAGUCGAUUUGGAAUCUUUAUCUUUGUUCUUGAUAUCAUAAUUAGUAUUUUCUUUACUUCUCAUAUUGUGCUAAUCUUUGAUUGCCCAGUUUUCCAUUUUCUUGCUGUCACCCAAUAAACAUUUUCAAAAACCCCAAACACAGCAACCUUAAUCUAGGCUGUCUUGACUUCCUUGCUUUUGUCUUUUUAUUUCUCUCUCUUGUCUCUGCAGCUCUGUAGAUUAUAUUGGGUGGCUUCUUCAAAGCAAAAAAAAAAAAAAAAUCAACAAAAUCAGAUACCCACCAACAAAAUAUGAGGUAAUAUCAUUGGACACAAAGGGGCAAAGGGUCUUCCUUCCUUAUGACCACUUGAUAUUUCAAAAUAUUUCUGUUGUUAUUUCUUUACUUGUGUUUGUAUUAAUCUUUUACAAGCCAUUGAAGGGUAACCCUUUUUGAUUGUAAGAUUGAAAGGAAAGGAAAGAAAUUCAAACUUUCAUGGCAGGAUGGUCAAUUUUAACAAAUGGGUCUGCUUUAGAUUGUGUAGGAACUGUAAAUAACUGUCAAAGUAAUGGUUGUCACCUAGAUGAUGAUCCUGUUACAAAGAAUAGUGUUGAAGAGUUUGGUGAUCAUAGGAAUAGACUAAGAUGCUUGUUUGAUCUGGUUCUUUCUGGUUAUCUAAAAGAGGUUGCUUGUAAGGGUUUUGUUAGACGAAUGCCCGCAAUGCUUGGAAACGAUGGGCACUCACUAGAUUUGCUCAAGCUUUUCCUUGUAGUUAGGGAGAUUGGAGGGUACGAGUUCGUGUCGAAAAAAGGGUUAUGGGCUUUUGUGGUGAAAGAAUUAGGGUUGGAUCUUGAGGUUUCGGCUUCGGUUAAAUUGAUAUAUGCCAAGUAUUUGAACGAGCUGGAAAAAUGGUUGAGAAAUAGUUUGGUAGAUAGAAAUGGGGAGGGUGCAGGUGGUGGAAAAUUUAGGUUCUUGUCAUUGGAGCAAGAGGAGGAGUUUAGUGGCUUGUUUACAAAUGGGGUUGAUCAGAAAGUGGUGGUAAACAGAGUGGCUCUAUCAGAGUAUAUAAAGAAUGACAAGUGCAUUGCCAAGGAUUCCAAGAAGAACGGCCUGAAGAUUUCAGAUGCCAACAGUAGAUAUAGAUUGCACAGUGGUGUUGAGGAAGUGUUUAGUGAUAAUGACGAAAAAGUAUGUAGAAAUGAUCUUGGGGUGCUGGAUCCACCUGUUGCUAGGAAAGAAUUUAGUACCCGUAAGAGAAAAAGAGAAUCUUUAGCAGGAAUGCUGAAUUGGGUAACCCAGGUUGCAAAAUGUCAUGAUGAUCCCUCAGUUUGGGCAAUAGCGGAGCCAUCUAAGUGGAAAGACCAUGGAGGCAAUGAAUUCUGGAUACAAGCCAUCAGGGCACGCGAAGCUAUAAGGCAGAAAAGGGAUGAUCAUUCAGUCACUGAACAGUCUCUCUUGCAGAAUAAUAAAAAGAUGCAUCCAUCCAUGUAUGAGGAUGGCAUCCUUAGUCACCAUUUAACAGAGAGGUCCAGAUGCAGUGAGAAGCUUCCUACGACACAAUCUCGUUCAUGCUCUUGUUGCAGUUCUGAUUCAGCAUUGCAGAAAAACUCAAUGUGUCGCCACAAGACAGAGUCUGAAUGUGGCCUUAAGGAGCAAUCCCCUGUAACUAUUGACUCAUCAUCUUUGGAUAUGACUGUAGAGCCGUCAGGGGAUGAUUCGUUGAGAAGACAAGUGUCUGUGGGUCUCCGCUUUCAAGCAGAAGUCCCUGAAUGGACUGGUAUGGUUUCUGAUACCGACUCUAAAUGGCUAGGCACACAGGAAUGGCCCUUAAAAGCUGUUGAACAUGAUCCCUUGGCUGUAAAGGAUCCAAUUGGUAGGGGAAGAGAUGAUUCAUGUGGCUGUCCGAUUCCAGGCACUGUUGAAUGUAUUAGACUACAUAUUGCUGAGAAGAGGAUGAAAUUGAAGCUUGAACUUGGUUCAGUGUUCUACCGUUGGAGAUUUGGUGGGAUGGGGGAAGAAGUCUCACUUCGGUGGACCGCUGAAGAAGAAAAUAGAUUUACGUAUAUGGUGCAAUUAGAACCACCAUCACUAAAUGCAUUCUGGCCUGACGCAUCCAAGUUUUUCCCCAGGAAAACUAGGCAAGAGUUGGUAAGCUAUUACUUCAAUGUUUUUCUUAUCCGGCGUAGAAGUUAUCAGAAUCGUGUGACUCCCAAGAGCAUUGAUAGUGAUGAUGAUGAAUCAGAGUUUGGAUGCAUAAGUGACAGUUUUGGAAGUGGUGCCCUAAAGGUUCCUGGCUCAAAUAUGCUGACGUGUUCUCAAAAUAACCAGUGCAUCGACUGGGAAUAGGAUGAAGAGUUAUUACAUUGAACCACUGUGUUUGAAUCAAUUGUUGAACUUUACAAUUUUCUUUUUUCCUUUACUUUUGUAUUUACCAUACAGCAUCAAUCAGGUCCCUCAAAAUCUCCAUGGGAUAGGGUAACGAAAGCAAUGAUGCAGUUUUGAAAUGUGCCAGGGUGGAAUUUGGACCUGGCUUGGUUCAUUGACUCUGGUCAAGGAAUUUACCAAAUGUACUAAUGUACAGUACCUGUUUCAGAAGCUUUAUAAUUUGCCUUUGCAUCCCUGAAUAGAGUUAUAUUAUUUCAAGUACCAACCUUGGACGGAGGAAUAUGGAAGCGGGAGUGAAAGAUGCAGCUUCUGCUUCUCCAAUUUUAACUUUCAUUUUUCUUUUAAAUGUUCUCUUUACAUGGCACUUGCCCUAAUGAAUUCAUUCAUUUGUUUGUCAAGGU